GACUUUUUCCAUGAUUUUUGCCAAAUUAGUUGCUAGCAGAGGCAUCUACCACGAACCCUUUGAAACGGAUAGCAGGGUCGCUGCCAGUAACAGAAAAUAUGCUUGUUGAUGAUGUCAGGAAACAUCAAAACCCUUUACCUUCACUGAAAAGCUUGACUACAGAUCAAACCUAUUGGAAAACUCCUAGAGGACAUCUAUCAGAAUCAUCAUCAGGAAUAAUUUUGGAAGAGAAAGCACAGUAUAGUCAGAAAUUACCAAAAUCAGUUGUCCAAGAAGAGGGUUUGGAAAAUGUUAGACAGGCUGAGUUUACAGGCAGCACUGACGAACCAAACCAACACCUCAAAAGUCAUUCACUUUUCCAAAAGCAAAUUGAAGAUUCAGAUGACAUAUCAAUUCCAGAGAUUGAUGAUAAUGUCAAAAAAGCCGAUAUCUUUUCAAAAGAAUUGAAAUAUAUGUGCAACAUGCUGCAAAAGAAACAUGAAGAAGCCAAAGACAUCCUUGUACGUUCAAUCGUCACAAACAACUUACUACUGAUGUUAAAUCAUCCUCUGCAUGAAGAAAAAAUUCAGAAAAUAAAAAUGUAUGCAGUCUCCAUGUUACCUAACAAUGCACAAGAUGGCCAGAUCAAAUGAAUAGUUUGUAGCAGCUUGUGGCUGCUAUUAGAUUUCAUCUUCAGAGCUAAAGCCAUGCUUGAGGAAGAUUAUCUCGUGCUCACUUGCAGAUGAGCCUAUCCGUUUAUACCUUUUUGCAAUCAUGUAAAACUUAUUAAACCCAUUCAAGCCAAACUUUCUUCCAUUGCUUCGCUCAUGUUGAUGGUUGAGAAUGCUUAUAUUUCUACAUAGUUACUCCAAGUUAAUUUGAAGAACAUGCUGAAUGUAAGUAAAAUUUUAGGAGUGUACAUAGUAUUAGAUGAUAAAGGUGAAGCAACUGGCUAUGAGCUGCAAGCCUAUAUCAUAAUUUGGCGGUGGUAGUUAAGAGGACACUACCAAGCUCACUUUUAAUACUCGGAAUCGUAAUCACUUGGUACAUACUAAUGCUUUCAAUUGUCACAAACAAUUUGCUACUGAUGUUAAAUCAUCCUCUGCAUGAGGAAAAAAUGUCCAUGCAAUUGUUAUCUUUUCUCAUUUAAUUUUCUUUUCUGCUAAGCUGUGAGUUUUAACUUUGUUUCGUUUAACAUAAAACACAUUCAGGCAAUAAAAAUGUAUGCAGUCUCCAUGUUACCUAAUAAUGCACAGUAUGACCAUAUCAAAUGAAAUACUUUACAGCAGCUUGUGGCUGCUAUUAGAUUUCAUCUUCAGAGCUAAAGCCGUGCUUGAGGAAGAUUAUCUUGUAAUCACUUUGCAGAAGAGCCUAUCCGUGAAACAUAUUAAACCAUUUCAAGCCAAACUUUCUUACA